UCGAGUCGUGGUCAAACCACCGCAAAUAUUUAUUUACAGUUUUUUCCGGGGCGACCGGAGCGCAUCGCAGCCGCCGUGCCGAGGGGGCCCGACCACGUGACCGUUCUCCCGCUUCGGCCCCCAUGCCGCAGCCCCCGUGCCGGCGCAUUUAGUGUCAGUUUUUUACCGUUUUCGCCGACAACGCAAGAUGGGAGCAAAAGGGAGCGUCGAAGCCGCCAAAAUCAAUGCACAGAACUGGAAUAACCUGGAGCAUAAACACAACAAACCCGCACACCAGCGGUCCCAGUCUUUGAACCGUGGCGUUCGUGGUCAGUGGGGCUCCAGGGGGCCCGAGUUCAAUACCGAAAUGUGGUGACAGCGGGGACAGUGCCAGUGCCCAGCGGCGGCGAUGGGCAACAAACUCAGCUGUUCGUGCGCACCGCUCAUCAGGAAGGCGUACCGAUAUGAGGACUCGCCGUGGCAGACGUCAAGGCGUCGCGACGGUCAUCUACUCAGGCUGUGGGCGGAAGUGUUCCAUGUCUCUGCGAGUGGCGCUGGUACAGUAAAAUGGCAGCAAGUUAGUGAGGAUCUCGUGCCUGUUAACAUCACCUGCAUUCAGGAUUCGCCGGAAUGCGUCUUUCACAUAACGGCCUACAACUCGCAGGUCGACAAAAUCCUGGAUGUGCGGCUGGUCCAGCCCGGUAGGGAUCACCAAUGCAAACCCGUCGCACCCGAUCCAAGCAAGACCCAAACAAAAGGGACGCGGAUAGGCCAGGCCUCCGAGUGCUUCGUCUACUGGAAAGAUCCCAUGACCAACGACACGUGGGGCUUGAAUUUCACCUCGCCCAUCGAUGCAAAACAGUUCAGAGAAUGUUGUUGUGAUUUGUUGCAGUCGCCCUCGUUUAAGUUCUCGCGGAAGGCGUCGUCUUCCUACUCGCUCAAGCUGGAACCGCCGAACAAGCAGAAGUUCAAGACGAAACGAAAGCCUUUGAGCACGCCCGCGUCGCCGAGCCGGGCUCGGGAGCCGCAGUGCACGUGCAUGACAGCAGAGCAAUACGCAAGACUGAGGGCACAGGACCCACGCUAUAGAGGAUCGUCGACUUUGCCUCGGGCGCAAACGCGCGCCACCGACACGGACGGAAGAACCGACAAAGUCACCGCUGCCACUUCUUCCACUAGUCUAUAUGAUAACGUUGGUGCUACACAAACCGGUUCUACACAAGGUGACGUUUGUGAUAAAACUAUGCUUGCUAUAGGUACUAAAGGGACACAAAGAGAGGGGAGCCAGACGCGCCAGAUGCGCGACCGCGGGGUGCAGCAGCAGUCGCAGGAGACCAGCACGAUGACAUCCAACACGGCUACCGGACCAAAGACCGUGACGGCGUCUGUGGGUACCCAGAACAACGUCGGUUCACAGGUCGUUCAGACUGAAACCCAAUCGCAGACGCAGACCACGGAGUCGACGAAGACGGAGGGGACCCAAGCCGGGGGGACCCUCCAGAUGAACACGAAGACGUCGUCGACGUCCACGCGGCCGCCGCUGCGCGAGAACGCGCACCACGUGCUCACCAACACCAAGUCGGUAGACUACUCGGACAUGGACAUGCGCGAGAUGGACAUGCGGAACGCACACCACCACAACCUCCUCAACAACAACAUCAGCAGCAGGCGGAACAAGUCGAAGAGCACGGAGGACAUGAAUAGGGAGAAUAGUAUGAGUUUGGAUAGCAACACGCUGAAGAGGAUGCUCAAGCCGAUGCCGAGCGCGGAGAGCCCGGUCACGUCGCCCGAGAUGGGCAGGCGGAGGUACAACUACUACAAUAAUCACCACCACAGGCACCCGAACAACAACGGGCGGCACUCGGAGCCGGAAUCGGGACACCCGCAUCCACGGUCAGCGAUGGCGCAGAAUUCGAGAUUCUCGGGAUCUAGCUUCAAUUAUAGGUCGUCGCACGAAAUCGGGCGCGGGUAUCCCGGUCGGGGGUUGUACCUGGAGCUCGAGCGAGGCGCCUGUGGUGACCUGUCGCCGCCUUCCGACAACGUUCUGUUCGAUAAUCAGUGUUACGCCACCACUCCCAGCUCGAGCAACGGCAACUCGGACCCGGAGCAAGGGGGCCACCACUACGGGAGACCGUCGAGGCACAUCCACCACCAGAACGCCAACAACACCCCGACGCCCGGGUCUCCCACCAGCCGCCUCCUCCUCGAGUACGAAAUGCACCUGCGCAACACCCUCGCCAAAGGCAUGGACGCCGAAAGCUACAGCCUUCACACCUUCGAAGCUCUCUUAACCCAGAGCAUGGAGAACUUAGAAUUCGCCGAAAGCCUCCCCGGCUCAACGCAACGCAGCCCUUACCCUUCCCGAAAACGACCGUCAUCUAGCGCUUCCAUGAAUAAAUCCUCGACGCUUCCUUUGUCGCACCGUUUGGGGACGGCGGCCCGAGAACGAGACCGAGAACGCGACGGCUACUACAGCGACAGAAACGAACUGCUGCGGGAACGAGAGAAAGACAGAGAGCGCGACCGGGGGUACUUGAGCGACCACAACUCGAGUUUUAGCUCGAGGUGCGCCUCGUGCAUCGGGGAGUCCAGCCGGGCCCAGUGGUUCCGGCACUCCGACGGCUGGAGAUCCGGAAGCUCGAACUUCGGCUCGGGGCAGACGCUGCCGCAAGGUCACAAGAGGUCGCCGUGGGACUCGCUGCCCUCGCUCAGGCAGGAUAGUAGCCUUAACGAUAGCGGCUACAAGAGCAAUCGGGCGGACAGCUUCGAACAAAGGGGCAUGUUCGACCGCCAGGACAGUUUGCGAUCGGAUUACAUGAGUGAUAGAGAGUCUUCCAGAUAUGGAAUAGUCCAGCAGGCAUCUAUCGAGAGCGCCGAUUCGAGGUUGUGCUAUCUGACGUCGUCAGAGAUAUCCGACGAUGAUCGCAUGUCGCUGACGACAGCCGUGUCCGACGAGGAUGACGGCGAGAGCGUCAUGAACUCCCCUUACAAAGCCAAGCAGACGGGGACUGCUGCAGCAUCUUUCAACUGCACCGGUGCGGUGAGAAAGGCGGGAUUCCUCAGCGUGAAGAAAUGGCUUCUGAGGAAGAAACACCAGAUCGAGCUGGCGCGGAAGCGCGGCUGGAAGGGCUACUGGGUGUGCUUGAAGGGCACGACGCUGCUGUUCUACCCUUGCGAUUCGCGCGAGGGCCGCUCGGUGGAGGCGGCGCCCAAACACCUCAUCAUCGUGGACGGGGCCAUCAUGCAACCCAUCCCCGAACACCCCAAGCGGGACUACAUCUUCUGCCUGAGCACGGCGUUCGGUGACGCCUACUUGUUCCAGGCGCCCUGUCAGGUGGAGUUGGAGAACUGGGUGAACAGCAUACACAGCGCUUGUGCUGCGGCAUUCGCAAGACAUCGAGGUAAAACCGGGACCCUCCAUCUCCUCCAAGAGGAGAUCUUCCGGUUGGAGAAAGCCAUAGAGACCGAUUACAAGCUCAAGCACAUGGCCGAGAUGCAGCAGAGCGUGGUAGGCGACUCCGACGCCCGCCAACAGAUCGCCAACCAAGUCAUCCAGUGGGAGGAGAACCUGGAGCGGCUGCACUGCGAGCAGUUCCGGCUGCGGUGCUACAUGGCGAGCCUCCAAAGCGGGGAACUGCCCAACCCUAAGUCCUUACUGACGCACGUGUCGAGAGCAACGAAGAAUACCUUAAACAAACUGGGAGUGUUCACCGUUUCCUCGUUCCAUGCCUUCAUUUGCGCCAGGAGUCCUUCCCUACUCAAUAAUUUACUGGCGGGUCGGGGCGCCACGAAGCGCCGACCUCCGCUGCUGUCCAGAUCCAACAGCGGCUCGAGCCGGAGGUCCCUCCAGAUAAAUUCGCGCGAAGAAUCCGAAAAGACCGUUAAGGUGUCACUACCAGAUUCUGCAACAGCUACGGUUUACGUGAGGGAAUCCAUGUCUGUCGAGGAAUUCUUAGCCAGUGCUUGCGCCCGGAAAAAUCUCAGCUGCACGGAACAUUUCAUCAGAGUGAAAAAGAGGAGAGAGAUGGAAGACCACAACUACUUCGUGCCACACAGGAGCGACCUGAUCGACACAUACCUGCACACCCACGAGGUGGUCGAAGUCUGCGCCAAGAUCCUGUACCAAGUGGAGCUCUCCAGGAGCACCCUGGAGCAGAUGUGGGGGUUCAGCGUGGAGGCGGAACUCGUGGAGAACGCAGACCGACAAGACGAGCUCUGCUGUUACGUCAGCAGGGUGGAGGACAAGAGCGUGGCGAUGCAAAACGGCAUAAUAAAGGGCGACGAGAUCAUGGUGAUCAACGGCGCCAUUGUGUCCGACCUGGACAUGAUGUAUUUGGAGAGCGUCCUCCAAGAGGAGUUGGCUUUGUGCAUGAUGAUGAGGUCGUCCAGGACCGAACCGCCCGAUUUGGCCGGGAUCCUGCGGGCCACGGACGACAUAAUCGAAAGUUUGGUGUGUCCGCCGCCCCCUUCGGAGCCGCCCGCCAUCAGCGAGGAGAUGAUUUCCGGACUCAUCGUGCCUGCUCCAGGUUGGAGUAAAGACCGCUACGCCACAGAAUCCGAGAACCCGCCCUCCUCGCUGACGGACUCCGGGAUUAAAGUCAGCUCUCGCACCAACUCCUUCGAGAUCGAGAACUUGCUGAAAACCGCCGAGCAAGUGACAGGAUUUUGCCGGUCGCCUAUAGAAACUCGCAAAUCCAGCCCUACCGGAAGUCUGGUUAGCAACACCUCGCAGACUCUGCUGACGCCAUCCCGGCAGUUAACCGACGCCGAGAAAUUAAGGAAAGUCAUCUUGGAGCUGGUGGAUACCGAGCGCGCUUACGUCAAGCAUCUGAACAAUUUGCUCGAGAACUACUUGGAGCCCCUCAAGAAGGAGACCUUCCUCUCCAACGCCGAGAUCAACGCGCUGUUCGGCAACAUCCAGGAGAUCGUGACGUUCCAGCGCCAGUUCCUGCAGAACCUCGAGGAAGCGCUCGACCUCGAGCCGGAUUUCCAUAAAUUUGAAUACAGUAGCCAAUUUAAAAAUGUUUUAUUUUCCAUCGGGAGCGCAUUUUUGUAUUAUGUAAAUCACUUCAAAUUAUACAGCUCGUUCUGCGCUAGUCACAGCAAGGCCCAGAAAGUCCUGCAUCCGAACGAGGGGAACCAGGCGCUGCAGGAAUUCCUGGCGGCGCGCAAUCCCAAACAGCAGCAUUCCUCGACGCUGGAAUCUUAUCUGAUCAAGCCGAUACAGCGGAUAUUGAAGUAUCCGCUGCUGCUGCAGCAGCUGCGGAAUCUGACCGAUCCCAACACGGACGAGCACCAGCAUUUAGUAGAGGCCCUCAAGGGCAUGGAAAAGGUCGCCGAACACAUCAACGAAAUGCAGCGGAUCCACGAGGAGUACGGGGCCAUCUUCGACCAUCUCUUCAGACAGCACCAGAAGUCCUGCAAGCAGUCGAUCGAUCUAAGUCCCGGGGAUCUACUCUACUAUGGCGGGGUGGAGUGGCUGAACAUCUCCGACUUCCUGGGUAAAAUCAAAAAGGGUCUGGAACUACACGCGAUGUGCUUCGUCUUCAAAACCGCCGUCGUAUUCCUGUGUAAAGAGAGACUGAGACAGAAAAAGAAACUUAUGGGCGUUUCGAGCAAAGGUUCCUCGUCCGAAGUAGAAAUUAUUCGCUAUCAAGUGCUCAUUCCUGUAACCGAAGUUCAAGUACGAGCUUCUUCCGCCAAGGAUAUGGAUUCUCAUUUCCUAUGGGAACUGAUUCACUUAAGAAGUCAAUUACAGAGGAGAUCGGAGAAGGUCUACGUUUUGUCUAAUAGCACGGCAGACUUCAGGAACGCCUUCCUGAAAACGAUCAGGCAGAUCAUAAGGGAGUCGGUGAGGAAUAUGUCGAUACCGUCGACGAAACCGGGAUCGGGACCCGGGAUUCUCCUGGUAACGGGACACAAGGGGGAGGUCCUCAACAGUCAGACUUUAGAGAGACCGGCAACGAAGACUGUGAUAGUGCAAGGCUCGCACACGUUGGGUAAGACGAAGAAGUCCAAAGCGUCGCAAAGACACUCGUCGGGAAACAUAGACUACGAUAACAUCAGUCAAGAGGGGGACGAACCUCCAGCCACUACUUUCAGGUCGAGGAGCAAAACCGUGGGAGACGCCGCAGAUCCGCCGAAACGGCCGGAACAUGAAAGGAACGACGCCGGAUUCAAGUCGGAAGGGGAGGAGGACUCCCAAGGGGGCCCGGCGAAGACCAAAGCGACGCUAGGGCGGACUCCCAAUCAUCUCACUCUGAGCACGACCUCCACUUUGUCUGCCGGCAGCACGGGGAGCCAAGCUCGCCUGAUCCAGUCGUCGCACGCUCCGGAGAACUUCCACCCCAUGCAGACCGAAGAACUAGGGUCGCCUGUGUGGAAGCCAAGAGACAGUAGUUUAGAGGCAUCCUCAACCACCCUCCCGCGCAAAGGCAGAGACCACAGUAUGGCCGCUUUAAGCGCCUCGCGUAAGUCCCUCGUCGAGACCACAACCGGGCUAGAAAUACACAAUGCGUAUAACCAGCAGUAGAGAUAAAUAUCAACUGUUUGUAUGACGAAAGCCGGAUUUCGAGAGGGUCCGGCGCUGCGCCUCAUACAGAUGGACUGUUUAGACAAAACCAAACCAAAAUCGAAUUGUUAACGCUGUACAAGUUAUUAAAAUAAUUGUUAAUAUUUGUGACUACCGACUGAGAUUGUCACUGUGAGUUUUGUUUGUCCCCUUGAAGCCCCGAGAUUGUUUAAACUUAAGGGAUUAAUGAGGAAUAAUUUUAAUCAUUUUAAGAUUUAUAUGCGACUCAUGUUGUUGUACCAAGGAUGACUCAGUAUUACAGGGGUAUAAAUCAUUCUUAUAUACUUUUAGAAUGUUUAUGCAUAUUUGCGAAAUCUUUAUAGAAGUAAUUUUUAUUGCAUCAUAGAUAUGAUAUUUCGUUAUUGAAUGAAGAAUCUAUCAAAAUGUGCCCACUUAGAAGAUUUAGGUUUACGUCAGACUCUUUUACUCAACUGCAAGCGAAAUUUAAGCACCCUUUCUUUGUGGGCGCACCGUUUAUAAUUUUAGAUCUCAGAGAACAUAUUCCUAUAUACUAUUACGAUUUGUUGAAUUUGAAUGAGAUUUAUUUACCAUUAAACUAGUUUAACAGAGGAAUUUUUAACUAAAACAAACCUUAAUAUGUAAUUUAAUGCAAUCAAGUGAAUCAGUAGAGAGGGACUAGAACAUUGUCACAUUAUUAUUGAAUAUAUAAAAUUUAGAAAUAGUUGAUCCGUACGUAGGUUUAAUGAAAUAGAUAUGUAUUUUUAAAGAAAUACAUAUUAGUUUAAUAAUUUAAUAUAAACUUAUGUAAUAGACGCUGUACCCGCCGACGAGAUCCGUCAGCCACGGUCGCGAGACCACAUUUUUUUCUAUGAUUUUCACCCAGUGGCGUAACGCAUUUCGUCGCCGGCCAUAGAAAUACAAAAAGAUAACCGAACACAUGAUCUGCUGUCAACAAAAUGUUUAAUCGCACAAUUGAGUUAAGACAACAACCAACAAAACAACAUUACUUUCCAAACUUGGUGCGUAAAACUUUCAGUUUCCCAUCACCAAGUUGCUCAAGUGUAAUCCUAGUCGUACAUUAUUACUUUUGUAUUCCUAUUUUUUAUUGUGUAAGUGUUAUCAUUUGUAAAAAGCUCGCCUAAGUUCGACUCCCCUCCCCGAUCCCCGCCCCACCCCACGAUUUGGUUCAUAGUGAGACAAUUAGUACAAUUCGAAACGAAUGGUGAAGUUUGUCAAAAAAACGCGUCAGUGUUUUAAUGAAAAGUGCCAAAAUCAAAAGAAACGAAUUUAAAUCAUUACGUAUACUUAGCUACCUUCAUUUGACAAACUGUACUGUUCUCCGGUUACAUUCAUUUUCAUUUUCACUAGGAGUUAAGAUUUCCUGUAUGUCUGUAUGUAUGUAAAAUCAACAUAAAUGUGCGUAUGUAUGGACGAAGAGGAAAAUUUCAAAUAUACAACAAAAAUUA